CAACAGCACGCGGCUUUCAUCCAAAUUUAGCGCUGGUGUAACGAUGAUGUCAAUCAUUCCUAGCUUGGCCAAUUGAAUCUCGGCCGCCUCUACUGAAACAUUUGCCAAUUACCAUCAAGGGUACCUUUUAUCAGGGACCCGACUGGCUGCGGAUAACAGCUACUUAUAUUUACAGCUCACCCACCGUCUUCCUGCCAACGCACACUAUGAUCCCAACCCUUCCCCCCGAGUUACUGCAUCAGAUUUUUCAAAAGCUACAAAUGUCUGACCUGAAACGCCUACGGUCGACAUGCAAGCGUUUCAACGCAGUCGCCACGCCUUUCGUAUUCUCAAGUAUGAAAAUCGAUACGGAUAGCUCUCAAUUUCGCAAAUACUCGUCCAUCCUCAAGGCUAUCGCCUCUGGCCGGAGUGAUGUGGCCAGGCACGUUCAGACUCUCACUAUACUAUCCCUGACCCCACCGCGGUACAAGCGUCUCAAGCUAUGGCAACGGAUCAUGAAGCGCAAGCAGCGCGUGUAUAGGGCUUUCGAGAAUGACUUUCUUCGUGCGAUAACCAAGUUCGAAGCGGUCACCUCACUUUAUUUCGAUAUACACACCAACCAGCCUUCGUCUGCGGACAAGAUCAUGCAAUCACUAGGAGCCCUCCCCCGCUUGUCGAAGCUAUCCGUUCACAUGUAUCAUGACGUCGACCCCAGCGUAUCUCUCUCCCUCUCGCGACACUUCAAGAACCUCAGCUCCAUCCACCUAUGUGGCCUCCGACUCUGCUACAACGACGCGCCCUCCAUCAUCAUCGCCAACAGCCCCGAACUCACGGAGCUUACCCUCGACGGAACAUCCGAACUCAAGUCCGACAAGGCCGCCACGAUGGAGAACCUCUUCUCCAAACUCCCCACAGGGACGACGCUCCCCCUGCAGAGCCUCACCAUAGGUGGCACGAUGCGCUAUCUCCUCGACCCGGCCCCACAGAUCCCCCCCCAUUUCAAAUCCCUCACGUCCCUCGUCAUCACCUCCGACACCAUCUCUGUGCCGGCCGAUUUCUGGCGGGCACUCGAGACCGCGCGUAUCUAUCUGCAGAAGCUCUCGGUGCGAGAGCUCGAUGAACCCCUCCUAAGCUAUCUAGAGUCCUACGCUGGUCUAAAGGACUUGUCAGCAGGGCGAUUCGACGACGACGUCGCCAAAUCAGAUCUGGCUGCGGACAGAUUCUAUCAUUGCGUAGUGCCCAAGCACUCGGGGAGCUUGAGGAACGUGCGCGUCAACACGGAUUUUGAGGGCAAGUGGUGUCUUGGCGACACGCAACUGGAUGAAAUCAUGAGGUGUUCCGGGUUGGUCUCUCUUGACGUGUCUGUUGGGCUGGGUGAGGUCGAUGCUCCGUAUGAUGAGAACGUCAUUACACGGCUAUUGGAGGGUGUGGCUAGUGGUGUCUUCCCCCUCCUCCGCUACAUUGCUGUCUCCUUCGCCAAUCCGAGGAGCGUCCGUUCCAUUGCCGAUCCCAUCAUUCUGAUGUACGCCCCCCACGGUGUUCACGGCCAUCGACGCAUCAACGACAUUGUCAGCGAGUUCCAGUGUGUGAAGCCGAAUUCUUGUAUGCUGGCGUUGGAGAUGUCCACGGGCCACAUGCACAAUAGCAGACUUGUCAAGUCUGAAGCUGACUUUUGGUCUUUCAAACUUAUGGCUCGGGACGGUUCAUAUUACGAAUUUCCGUAUUGACCGGGUUGUUACACCCAGAUGACAUUCAUGUUUGUUUCUUAAUAUAACUGCACCUGUGCAUGGCAUGCUUCGUCCGGUUUUCGCUUAACGAACAACUCCCCGGAUCCUUUUUGUGGGAUUUGCUAUUUUCAUUCAUGCUGCGCCUUCUUUGUAAGGGCACAGCCCUCGGUGCUAUGGCUUGGGGGGUCCGUCAAUUUGGGGUCUUAUCGCGUAAUGAAUGACACAACCUCUGAUGCUGAUUACAUGUCUUUCGAACUGCCUAGAGUGCC